AUGCGAACUAUUAUACGCGAUAUUGAGCCAUCGACUUCUUGUCUGCGUCGCAAUGUUUAUCAUUUGCAUAUACCGCUAUUUGUUUUGGAUGCGAUACGCUUAUUUCAAGACCAUCCCAAGUAUGUACAUGGCCUAAAGGAAUGUCACAUAUUGGCUUUGCUGGAAAAAGAAUCAUUCGCCUGCGGUGAUUUAGAGUCUCAGGUGAAGAUGGCUCUUAAGGAAUUAACUGCUUCCGGUUUUGUGCGGUAUGUCUGCCAAGGUUAUCGUACCUUAGGUCCAUUCGCUAAAUUAGCUUUGGCUCGCACCCCCCGCCAAUUCAAUGUUGCUUGGGAUCGUCUAACAGAAAUGCAAAAAAUUAGUUGUAGUAGUUUAACUUCGCCUAGCAGUUCGCGAUCUAACACUUGCGCUUAA